CCACGAGCUGUCAGAGCAGCUUGUUGCACGACCAGCUUUUUGGUAAACUAACUAACUUGAGUUCGGCGUUAAAACGCAAACCAGUUGCCUGACAAACCGCGUUUUCGCCUGGACCGACGAGAAUGUUCGCUUCGGUUGUAAAGCAAGCCUUAGUUCUGUUGACUUAACGAGUCAUUUUCAUCGUCGAGGCAGUUUCCAUCGAGCUCUGCUUUUGCCGUCUGCGUGAUUUGUGGUCAAGAACACGGCAGCGGCUGGUCAUGGUAACCAGAUCCCAGUCAGAAGAAAGUGCCUUGUCUGACGACGUUUCUACUUGAAGCUGCUCACCGUUCCCAUCCUACACUGUAAACAACACUGGCUUGGCCAUUGAAAAGAUCUCCAUUCCCUUUAGACUUGCCAAAGCACAAGGAACUGACACGCUCUUUCCAUUAUUAGAUAUCGUUUCAAGGAAAGCCAUUGCCUUCAGAUAGAGUCACCCGCAACCGUCAGGCUCAAGAACGUUUGGAGACCUGGAGCAUGUUCUUAUUGUCGCGCCAGUGUUGUGCACCUGGGACUAAAUGACUGAUGAACAACUUGGCAGAGAUUGACAGCUUCACUGAUAGCGGGCAUCUCCAAUGCGACAGCCACCGGGGCUCUGAAUGUGACAUCUCUAUUUAAAGGGCCUCGCCAAACAAACUGAGACCAACCUCAAAAGUACAGCAACACACAAACGCGCAGACUAUUUCAACCCAAAUCAGCAGACACCCUUCACAACACAACUAUGGCUUUAAAUAUCGCAUCGAUACGAGACACAAAAUGGCUGACUCUGGAGGUGUGCCGGCAGUUUCAGAGAGGGACGUGUUCGCGCAGCGACGAGGAAUGCAAAUUCGCACAUCCGCCCAAAAGCUGCCAGGUGGAGAACGGACGGGUGAUCGCCUGCUUCGACUCUCUGAAGGGUCGGUGUACGAGAGAAAACUGUAAGUACCUUCAUCCACCGGCGCAUCUGAAGACGCAGCUGGAAAUCAAUGGACGCAACAACCUUAUCCAGCAGAAGACGGCGGCAGCCAUGCUGGCGCAGCAGAUGCAGUUCAUGAUCCCUGGCACCACCAUGCAACCAGUGCCUACAUUUCCUGUGAGUCAAGGUCUGGGCUCGAACCCUGGUCUGAGUUAUGCACCGUAUCUGACUCCCAUGAGCCACGGCAUGGGUCUGGUCCCUACAGAGAUGCUCCCCAGCACCCCAGUCAUCGUCCCGGGCAGUCCUCCGGUCAGCGUGCCCACCUCGUCCUCCACGCAGAAACUACUGCGCACAGACAAGCUGGAGGUGUGCCGUGAGUUUCAGAGGGGUAACUGUGCGCGCGGCGAGACCGACUGCCGCUUCGCCCACCCUAGCGACAGCCCGAUGAUCGACACGAGUGACAACACAGUCACGGUGUGCAUGGACUACAUCAAGAGCCGCUGCUCGCGCGAGAAGUGCAAGUAUUUCCACCCUCCAGCACACCUGCAGGCCAAGAUCAAAGCAGCGCAGCAUCAGGCCAACCAGACCGCCGUCGCAGCGCAGGCCGCCGCUGCAGCCAUGACUCAGUCGACUGCCAAAGCAAUGAAGCGACCCCUCGAGGCAUCUGUAGAUCUGGCGUUUCCGCAUGGAGUCCUGCAGCCCCUACCAAAGAGACCAGCACUAGAAAAGAGUAACGGGGCCAGCACGCUCUUCAACCCCAGUGUCUUGCACUACCAACAGGCUUUGGCCAGCGCACAGCUUCAGCAGCCCACCGCUGCGUUCUUUCCCACAGAUCAUCUUGAAGUAAAUCACCGAAGAGGAACGGGGUGUCAGGAAGCUGCUCUGAGAAACCCAAAAAGCCCCCCGUGUAAAUACGACCUGCCCUAUCCUUUAGAACUACAGCAACCUGCAUGCUAAAGCGAAAUACGAUAGCAAGCCACUACACCACACACACACACACCUGUUAUGCUCGGAAAAGUGAUUCACCUGGUUACUUUAAAGAUGUAAAAAUAAGAGAUAAGAAAUAUAUAUAUAUAUAUAUACAUACAUAUGUAUAUAUAUGUAUAGAUUAAUAUGUUAAUGUACAGCACGUUUCAUAGAGGCAUAAGUGAGCUUCAUCUGAAUGAUCGGUCACCUGUCGGAUAAUGUGUAUUUUUCUCCCAUGUUUGAAAUGAAAUGCACAAUGAGUGGGCGACGAAAAAGACACACACACACACACACACACAUAUAUAUAUAUAUAUAUAGACACACUUGGUUUGCACUGUCAGAAAUAGUGCUUAAUAUUAAGUGCUUGAUUGUCUUGAACGGGAGGACGUCUCCUGAAGAGUUUGUCUUAAACAUCCCCAUGCACCCUCCGGAUAGGGGAAAGAGGGAUCGCUUGAGUUUUCUUUUUUAAUUUCUCUUCAAUACUCAAAACCAACACCGAAUGUCACAUGGCGGACAAAAAGAAGAUUGUCUACUGGUCAAGAAAAUAAAUAAAACUUCCUCGAGUUCCUCCUCCUUGGACUUGAGCCGAAGCGGGAACGAUUGGAUUCGCUGUGCUUCAUCGGCCAAAGAAAGGUUUACAACGACACCAAGCUCAAAACAGUCAGUGUCAGAAGUGCGAAUGUGGCAAACCGCGUGCCAUGCAAACCCGUUAUUGUCUGCGUCUCUGCUAAAGGACUGCUUUUCUUUUGUUUUUAAAUGGACGGUGAAUGAUUUCGAUGUGUCUGUGGAAACACUGGCCAUCAGGGAGUCGACUCUGGCUUCUAUCCCGUGCCAAGGGCUUACAUUAAACUGGAGAGCUGCUGUAAAAAAAAAAAAACAGACUCUUUGAAACGGACUUCUCCAAUUUGUACGAGACCUCAUGGUCCCGAUCACAUGGUGCCCAGUGAGUGGAAAAUGCGACGACGAUGGGAAGGAGGAGGCGCAAAACGUUGCAGUAGACGAUCUUUGACUUGUUCUGAAUGGAGGGCGCUACGCUCUCGCCGAUAAUCCUGUUUUAUUUGAUAAACAGUAGAAGUGCCUAAAAUAUAUAUUUUACACAGCGAGCAUCUUGAGAAGAUGACUUUAUGUAGGGUUGGGGGUUAUAAACACAAAAACAAAGCUCCCGAAAUGAUCUUGGCCAGAAAAGAGACACACACACACACACA